AUGCCGCUUCGCGAGCCAAUUCGCGUCGAUCCGCAAGAGCCAUCCACUUCGACAGGUCCGCAACGCCGUCUCGAUGAAAAUCUUCGAAAAUUUGAUGAAUUAUUUUCAAAAACACCGCCAACACUCUGGGAAGUUUGUGCUGAAAACCAACGUGGACGAUUAGUUAAAACUAAAUACUCAACUGAAUUACGCUCACUACGAGGAGUCAACUUCAAAGAAAUAUUGAAAAGUCAUCAAACUGUUCUAAAUGAUCUCGCUAGAAUAUCCGGUACAACUUUCGGUGAAUUGUGUGAAGGGCUGCAGUUUCUAGUCCAUUUUAAAAAAAUUCCAAUAUUCAAAACGAAAAAGGAAGAUGCAUUAGAAUUUUUCCAGCUCGUUUGUAAUUGUAUACAUUUUUCAAAUGAUCGGUGGACGAACGUUCUCGAUAGUAAAAACCUUUUGAAUCCAAGAACAACGGAUCUUGUAAAGAAAAGCAUUGCGCGAUCCAAGUGCCCACUGCCUCCUAAAGGGGGUAAAGAGGGAGAUGAAGUCAUCGAAACAGCUGCCACGAGUUCUUUGUUCCCUCCAAGUAAACAUACAACACCAUCGCCUGUCACUAGGCUACAAGAUCGUGAAAAAGUUCCGAUACCACCUCCUCCUAGUGUAGACGUUCUGUACAAAGGUCCCUUUAAUGUGUUGGAGGAUGAAUAUUUACGACCGAUUCAUAGGUUUAAUUUCUCUAAAACCACUGAUAACAAGUUCACUGUUGUGCAUGAGAAGUUGCUGAAACAAGUUACCAAGAACAAUGGGAAUAUUCGAGUGAAGGAACUAGAGCUGUCUGACUUGGAUUAUUAUCAAGACGAUAAAGACAUUCAACCAACGCAAAUUAGCUUCAGAUUGGAUUCUGUUGUUCAGAUAGUACAUUUCGACUUACCUAAAGUUGAAGACGAUGGAUAUUUCUCACCAAAUCUACCUAGUCGUGGGUGGUAUCUGCUCGACAAAUACAUGGAAGCUAACGUAGAAUGUACGGAAGCCUUCAAGCAUGUCCGUCCAAACGGUCGACCGAUGAAGCCAGGAUUCAAAAGAGGUGUUCUACACGCUCACGAAUGCCUACAGUUUCAUAUGGCAGGUCGCCACAUUCACGGCUUUUUCGAUGUUUGGGAGGAAUCUGAACGAGGAUGGCAACUUUCUAAUGGGAAAUGGAUCAAUAGGAGAUAUCUAGUGGACAUUUACAAUCAAUUGAUGUUCCCAUUGUAUGUUGAGUGGUGCCAUUGGUCAGCAACAUUGAGAUGGGCAUUUGAGAAGUACAGUUGGUAUGGAUUAAGGCUGAUGUCAAUGGUCAAGAGACAUGGGCAUGAGUUACGAAAUGCCGGUGACCUUCUUUUCUCUCGUUAUCCUCGUCACAUCACUGACACGAUCAGGUACGAUUUGACAACUACGAAAGGACGAAAUCAGUUUUACACUGCGAUUCAACAAGAGAAUAACACAGUUGUCGACAGAUUCGUGGUGACAACGCUUCAUUCGUACGAUGUCCACGAGGAUGGAAGAAGAAGAAAACGAAGAGCACCGAAAUCAGAUGAGAUGCAACUGUUGGCCACUGGAACUCCUCCAAAAAUGAGUCGUUCUCCACGAAAAGCUCUUGAGCCACCACAGAAACUAUGGACAGGAGUACAUCCGACUAGGCGAUCGGUGAAUCCACAAAAAGAGAAUAUGGAUAAAUAUUAUGUGAAUCCAACUCAUACAUCACCACAUAUGCCGUCCACAUCACAACCGUCUAUUCUGAACAGAACUCCUCCUACUCCAGGUUUCAAGCGGAAAAUUGCAGAAAAUGGUCAUCAUUUCACUCCGGUUUCUCAUCCUCCGCCAGCUAAAAAGCUCUCGAUCACACUUGACAGUUGGGAUAAUCAUCGAGCUCACGAUGCGAUUGAAGAAGAACAUGUUGAUGAAACUGAAGAGAAUCCGAAUGAAGAAGACUGUAGACAAAAUGUUUGGGUGCCGCAAGAUCGUGGACAAGAGGUUCCGCCCGAGGAUUAUGCACGUGAGAUAAUUGAUCACUUCCAAGGUCGCGAAAAUGAACCAGCAUUGAAAUCCGAAGCAACACCACCAUCCAUUCCAGCACCAAAACCAAGAAGGCGAAAGUCAAAUACGAAAACCUCUCUGGAGCCGCCUUCACCGUCCGUAGAACCCGAAAAAACCACGCUCAGCACAAAUUUGGAAUCAACGAAACCACCAACUUCUACUGUGCCAACACCUCUCUCUGCAGUAUCAGCUCUCACUGUUACUCCAUCACCGUCGAAUGGACAUCUUCUGGUUCCACCUGGUAAAACAGUUUCCAAGCAAACAACCCGUGUACAAUAUUCAAUGAAGCCUCCUAUUCCACCGUCCGCCAACAAAACAGUUUACCCGGUCAAGAAGUUAGCGAACUCAUCUCCAAUCGUUAUGAACGGUGCAGUCACUCAAACAAAAUAUCCAGCAGCUUCGCUAGCUUCUGGCACACCGUCAAUCGGUUCCAGACCACAUCCAUAUGGUGUACAGCAGAAGGCACCGUACUACCCAGCAGGAAUGCGUUCAAGAGUGGCUCAACAAACAACACCAUAUGUUGUGCAUAAUCAGGAGAACGGAGCAUUCAAAUCGACACCUCUACCACCAAUUUCCACUCCACUUCCUCCUCAUCGUACCCCACUUCAAAGUUAUCAAACUCCCGCAAGUCGCGCGAUUCAAAAUCAGAAAAACGGUGUGGCGGGAACUGAUUUGUGUCGUCGAGUAAUGCCAUUCAAUUUAUCAAUGGCUUUGUGGGCAGAAGAAAGAAACCGCGAGAAGAAUCUUCUUCCUGGAGAUCCAGGUGCGUUUCCUACACGUCAAUGGCCACCUCCAUCGAAAAUUGAUACACCAAUCAAUCCGCCAACGCCAACAGUUCCAUACCAAAGUCAACGUGCCACUUCAUCGGGACCACCGCCGGUAGAUUAUCGAAGUUUCAGCAACGUAACCAGACCAGCCAGCAACACUCCACCACUUGCUGCUCCGACCGUUUGCUUACCUCCACCUCAUGCUCCAGCGCCUUCAAAUGCAUUAGAGAGAAGUGUAGGGGUUACUAAUACACGGCAGGAAAGGCCAUCGGUCGCAAAUAGUAGGGCGUUGGUGGAUGGAGUAGCGGCGACAGUCAAUGGGUAUCAUCCGACGACUUCUUCGACUCCACUUCCAGCAACGAUUCCGAUGGGAGCGAAUCCAAUGGUAACUACACGUAUGGCACCCGUAUCAGUUGCAGCAGAUCUCAAUUCAAUAUCGUUACGAAAAUACUCCCACCACUUCCGUAAACAAAACGGGACAAUGACACCUGAACAAAUUGGGAACGCGAUUCGAAAUGAAAGUCAACGAUUCCAAGAAGAUAACAACGGAGCAGAAGGUCCAACUGUCAGAACAUUCCUUAUGAAUCUCAAAAAUUGA